CAAACAAGACCCACAACACUCCGUCGUCACCUUAAAAUAGUCGCCCCAUAUUUUAUCCCAAAUCCUAAAUAUAACCCACACAUUUCCCAUUUCCUCAUUUUCCACUCAUUUCAUUUCUUCUUUUUUUUUAUUUGCACACCAAGCCCUUCUUCUUUCUUCUUCUUCUUCUCUUUCCCCACCGCUAACCUAGAACACCUUUCAUCCCGGCCGAAUCUAUGGCUCAGAAGCGAGACAAGGAAGAAACUGAGCUCAAAGUUCCCGAAAACAUACCGAUAUGCACCCCGCCGCAGACGAUUUCCCCUCCUCCUCAGAUUCCGUCCACCAGAUCGCCGGAGAUUUCAGAUCCGAAGAUUUCGGCCGCCGCUUGUAGCCAGAGGACCAGCUGCGCGAUUUCGCCCGAUCUGGUCAACCGUGCCGAGAAUCGGGGGUCGUUGAAGAGACCGAGGGAGGCGACUCGGUGUUCCGGUUCGGGUUGCAGGAAGAGAAUCGGGCUGGUCGGUUUCCGGUGCCGGUGCGGCGACGUGUUCUGCUCUGAGCAUCGGUACUCAGAUCGGCACGACUGCAGCUACGACUACAAGGCGGCCGGCCGGGACGCGAUUGCCAAGGAAAAUCCGGUGAUCCGAGCUGCGAAACUUCUCAAGGUUUGAUUGAAAAAAAAGCGAGAAAAAAAAACAAAAAUUAGACAAACGAUCAAACGAAAUCGACGGUCGAGAUGGUAGUUGAGUUUGAUUAAUUCUCUGUAAUGGGGGUUUGGACCGGGUCGGGCCGGGCCGGGCCACGGCGGGGGUUGUGCUUUGUUGUAAAUUCGGUGCAGGGUGGGGGGUAUUGUUGUCCUUUGAAUUAAUUAAUUAUUAUUAUUAUUAUUAUCUCAUAAAUUUAUUAAUUAAUUAUUUUUUUGGGAAGAAAAUAAUGGGGUUGCUUUU